UGGAACUGAAGACGCCCAUUUCCAGUCCACACCCGCCCGGCUGCUGGAUCGAUCCUCCCCUCUUCAGUAGCUGGAUCGUCACCCUGGAUGCCGAUCAGCACCGCUAUUCUACCGCAACAGAUGUCUGAGGGCUCGCCAGCUGAGUAGAGGACUUCCCUCUCUGCCCGUGCUUUCCACCUGCAACCAUGAAUGGUGGAGCCAGUGUGUGGGCCGUUACUCCAGAGGAGAGGGCGAAACAUGACAAACAGUUUGAGACCCUCUCCCCCGUCCUCGGUUACAUCUCAGGAGAACAAGCAAGAAAAUUCUUCCUGCAGUCUGGCCUGCCUGCUUCUGUCCUGGCUGAGAUUUGGAACUUAGCCGACAUGGACAGUGAUGGGAAAAUGGACAAACUGGAGUUUUCCAUUGCUAUGAAGCUCAUUAAACUUAAACUUCAAGGACGCAACUUGCCCUCCGCCUUGCCAGUCGUCAUGAAGCAGCCUCCUGCUUCCAAUUGCGGUUCAACCAUUGCUUCCUCAGCACGAUUUGGAAUGGGUUCUAUGCCAAACCUGUCAAUUGGUCUGUCAUCCAUGUCAGCUAUGUCAGCCAUGCCCAUCCUCACACCCAUCCCAGUUAACCCCCCCAUGCCCUCAAUGCAACCCCUGAUGCCAACGCCUGUGACUCUGCCACUUAUCGCCCCACUUGGAAACUCUGGGCUCCACAACGGCACCCUCCUCACCCCACCACUUGUUCCUAACAACGCAGGACUUCCUCUCUCUGGCUUCUCCUCUCCUAUGGCCUUCUCCCCGUCCACUGGCAUGUCAAAGGCCAACUCUCUACUCGACCUGGGAUCGAGCAGUUCCAACUCUUCCUCCACCACAUCUUUGGCCAGUAACUCCCCAAAGAUGGGCGCAAGUGAUUGGGCCGUUCCCCAGGCCUCAAGACUCAAGUACCGUCAGCAGUUCAACACACUAGACAAGCUCAUGACCGGCUACUUAUCAGGACCUCAGGUUAGAAAUGCACUGAUGGCAUCAAAUCUGACGCAGACUCAGUUAGCUACCAUCUGGACCUUGGCAGAUGUGGAUAAGGAUGGCCAGCUGCAGGCUGAUGAGUUCAUUCUGGCCAUGCACCUGGUGGACAUGGCUAAGACAGGUCGCCCUCUACCGCUCACUCUGCCACAAGACCUAGUACCACCCUCUCUGAGAGGAGGAAUUAAGUCCAAUGAGCUUGUUAAUGGAACGGGGCCCUACAUAACUCCCUGUUUAAUAGACACAGCAGAGGUAGAACCUGCUCAAAAGAACAAGAGCAGCGUGUCCUUUGAGGACAAGCUGAAGGAGAACUUUGCAAGGGGAAGCGCAGAGCUGGAGAAACGACGUCUAGCUCUUGAGGAGCAGCAGAAAAAGGAGAAGGAGAAGAGAGAGAGGGAGGAGAGAGAGGCUCAAGAACGGAGGGAGAGGGAGGCCAGGGAGCUGGAGAACCGGAGGAGGCUGGAGGAGGAGAGGCGGCUGGAGAGGCAGAGAGAAAUGGAGCGACAAAGGGAAGAGGAGAGGCUGAGAGAGCUGGAGAGGAAGGAGGCAGCGAAGCAGGAGAUGGAGCGCCAGCGGAGGGAAGAGUGGGAGCGUGCGAAAAGAGAGGAGCUGGGCAGGAAGAAAGAGGGGGAGCAAGAGGAGAUCUCUCGACUAAGGGCAAAAAAGAAGAGUCUGGAGUUGGAGCUACAGGCUGUGGGGAACAAGCACAAGCAGAUCUCAGACCGUCUCCGCGACGCUCAGAGCAAGAGGCGGAUUCAGAAGGCUGAGCUGGACCUCGUCAAUCAGAAGAGGGACACCCGCGUUGCAGAGAUUAACGCGCUUCAGCUCGAGUUUGAGGAGUGGCAGAGGAAGCUCUCACAGCUGGUUCCAGAACAACAGAGACUGUGUGAGAAGCUGCGAAACAUCAGCCUCAACAAACUCCCGUCUGUGACUUUGACCUCCCUGACCGGGACUGUGACGGAGAAGACUGUAAACUGCCGGAGGCUGAAGGACCAGCUUGACAUCCUGGAAAGGGAAACGACAGACAAACUGACGCAGAUGGAGCAGUACAAUAAGGAGCUUAAGGAGCUGAGGGAGAAGCAGGCGAGGCAGCAGGCUGUUCUGGACGACCUGCACAGAGUCAAAGAGGAGAAACUGAGGGAGCUCCAGAGACGCCGCGAGGAGGAGAGAGAAAGGAGGAGGAGAGAGGAAGAAGAAGAGGCGGCCAGACAAGCAAAGCUGGAGCAAGAAAAGAGGGAGCAGGAGCGGAGGGAACAAGAGAAGAGGGAGAGAGAGGAAGAGGAGGCUCGGCAGAGGAGGCUUCUGGAGGAGCAGAGGGCCAGACAGAGGGAAGAGGAAGAGAGAGAGGCACAGGCUCGCCUCCGGGCAGCCCAGGAGAAAGCACAAGAAGAAGAGAGAAGAAGGAGAGAGGAGGAGGAGGCAGAGGCGGAGAAAAAGAGGAGGGAGGCCGAAGAAGAGAGGAGACGGAAAGAGGUUGAGGAGGAGAAGAGGAGGAAAGAAGAGCAGGAAAUGGGGCAGCAGUUGGCAUCCAAGCUAAGCACCUACAGAGCCCUGUACUCCUUCGUUGCUCGCAACGCAGAUGAGCUGAGUAUAGACGCAGACUGUCUCAUAGAGGUGGAUGAGCACACGGUCGGUGAGCCUGGCUGGUUGUGCGGAAGUUACCGCGGAAACAGGGGCUGGUUCCCCCAGAGUUACGCUGAGAAAUGUCUGACCCCUGCCUCGACUCAAAGUGGUCCCACUUCACCUGGAAAAAUGUCCUGUCUGCCACCACCACUAAACACAAGACACCCCGAUGUGGUGGAAAAAGGUGACAGCCCUCUUCCUGUCCAAUCUGAAGCUUCACAGUCCUCCGUUCCUCUGCUCGCUCGGGCCCUCUCGUCAUGGUCAGCCACUUCAGAAACUCACCUCAGCCUUUCAGGCAGUUCGGCGACAGACGUCAUCACCACGCUGCUCAGCUUCUCGCAGGGAGACAUCAUCAGCGUGCUGCAGCAGAGGGACGAUUGGUGGCUGGGGCAGAUCAACGGGAUGCAGGGAUGGUUCCCCAAAAGUUACGUCGCUUUGGAGACGGCUGGCAAUACAGAUGUGGAUGCGUUGGACACAUCCGAUUCAGUUCAGCUAGAAGAAUACGUGGCCUUGUAUACAUAUGAGAGCCCAGAGGUUGGGGACUUGACGUUUGUCGAGGGGGAUGUUGUUUUGGUGUUGGAGAAAGAAGGAGAGUGGUGGCGAGGAUGCAUCGGGGACCAGACAGGGCUCUUUCCCUCCAACUACGUCCGACCUGUAGAACUGCCAGAGACAUCAAGACCUGGGGGUCCAACCAAGAAACCUGAAGUUGCGCAGGCAGUCACCCCCACUGGGGCCUCAAUGAUGCAUCAGCUUCGCCUGUCUCCGGGGCAACUGAUCGUGGUCCUGGCCAAGAACUCCACCGGCUGGUGGCUCGGGGAACUGCAAGCUCGGGGUAAAAAGCGGCAGAGAGGCUGGUUUCAUUCCUCUCACGUUAAGCUCCUGGGUCCCUCCAGCAGCAAGUCUUCCCCGUCUCCUCUGCCAGUAUGCCAAGUUAUUGCAAUGUACGACUACACGGCUGCCAAUCAGGACGAGCUGAGCUUCUCCAAGGGUCAGCUGAUCAACAUCCUCGACAAGACCAACCCCGACUGGUGGAAAGGAGAAGCCAACAGGGUCACAGGGUUGCUGCCCACCAAUUAUGUCAAGAUGACAACAGAAUCAGACCCCAGCCAGCAAUGUACAGUAGAUUCCUUAUCCAUGUCAGACCAUGGAACCACUGACGGGUGUGCUGACCUGAUGACGCUCGACACAAUGACCCCUCAGGAGAGGAAAAGGCAGGGUUACAUUCACGAGCUCAUCCAGACUGAGGAGACCUAUGUGGAGGAUCUUGAGCUAGUGCUAGAGGUCUUCUACAAGCCCAUGUCUGAGUCAGGGCGUCUAACUGAAGCUGAGAUGGCAGUUAUCUUUGUUAACUGGAGGGAACUGAUUAUGUGCAACUCCAAAUUGCUCAAAGCCCUGCGUGUCCGUAAAAAGACAGGAGGAGAGAACAUGCCCGUUCAGCUAAUAGGAGACCUGCUGGCGUCGGAGCUCGCACACAUGCAGCCAUACAUUCGCUUCUGCUCCUGCCAGCUCAACGCCGCAGCCCUGCUGCAGAGCAAGACCCACAACCAGCCUGACUUUAAAGACUUCCUCAAAAAGAUUGCAACUAACUAUCGCUGUAAAGGAAUGCCGCUGUCCAGCUUCCUCCUCAAGCCCAUGCAGAGGAUUACACGUUACCCUCUUCUCAUCAAAAAUAUCUUGGAGCACACCCCAGAUGGCCACGCAGACCGAGGCCCUCUCCGAGAAGCUCUGGAGCGAGCCGAGGAGCUGUGCUCUCAGGUCAAUGAGGGGGUUCGGGAGAAGGAAAACUCAGACAGGCUUGAAUGGAUACAGAGCCACAUGCAGUGUGAGGGGCCCAUAGAGCACUUGGUCUUCAACUCACUCACUAAUUGCCUUGGGCCUCGCAAGUUGCUCCACAGCGGUCGGCUGUACAAGACCAAAAGCAGCAGAGAGCUGUGGGCUUUCCUCUUCAAUGAUUUCCUCCUCCUCACACACAGUGCCAAACCCUUCUCCUCCUCGGGAUCUGACAAGUUAUUCAGCCCCAAAACAAACAUACAGCUCAAGAUGUACAAAACGCCUCUCUUCCUGAACGAGGUAUUGGUGAAAAUGCCACCCGACCCGUCCAGCGACGAGCCGCUGUUCCACGUCUCGCACAUUGAUCGCGUCUACACUCUCAAAACCGAGACCCUGAACGAGAGGGCAGCGUGGGUCCAGAAAAUCAAAGCGGCAUCUGAACAUUUCAUAGAGACGGAGAAGAAAAAGAGAGAGAAGGCUUACCAAGCACGCUCUCUAAAGUCCAGCGGAAUCGGCCGGCUGCUGGUAACAGUCAUUGAAGCCCAGGAGCUCAAGGCCUGUAAGCCCAACGGUAAGAGUAAUCCUUACUGUGAGCUGACAAUGGGAGCUCAGUGCUACACAUCUCGGCCAAUCAGCGACACUCUGAGCCCAAAGUGGAAUUUUAACUGCCAGUUUUUCAUCAAAGACCUCUACCAGGAUGUCCUCUGCAUCACCGUGUCCGAGAAAGAUCAGUUCUCACCAGAUGAUUUUCUCGGCCGCGUUGAGGUUCCCGUGGCAACGAUAAAGAAAGAGAUGGAGAGCAAAGGAGCAGCAACCCGUCGCCUUCUGCUGCACGAAGUCCCUACUGGGGAAGUUCACGUCAAACUAGAUCUACAGCUUUACGAGCCAACCAAAUGAGGAAAACACAUCUGAAUACUCCAUUAGGCACACGCACCACUUAAUUUCCUAGUAAUGAAGGACCGUUAAAGUGCCUUUUUUAUGCUCUUGCACAUUACGCAAUAAUGGGGAUUUUACUGUCCCUGCUUGUUCCACUGACCCUGAGCUUUUUAGCGACCUCAAACGAUCCAAAACACGGAGAUGAUUGCCAAUAUUUUCUUAAUCGCCACUCCGAAAUAUAAAGUAACAAACGGGACUCAACGUUUCACCGGGUUUUUACAUUUCAGUUUCGAUUUGUAAAUUCUUUUUUUUUCCAGCGCACUGCUAAUUAAAGAAUAUAACAACAUAUCAGCCAGUUACACACACGUGUGGACAGUCACACACUGCCUCACGUAUCUUUAUAUUACAACUGCUGCACACUGCUGUAUAAUGUAAAGUCAAUGGUUAACCUUAUGGUGUAAGCAUGAAGUUUCAUGGCACGUACGCCAUUAAAUCCCGAAAACGGCACCGGCAUGAAUAAAAUGUAUGUACAGUAAAA